GCCUCCACUGUUUUGAUCCGCAGCUCGGACCGGCGGGGAGGAGAUGGCGGAAGACUGGCAGUCCGGGUGACUCUUUACGAGCAGCCCUGCCAUUGCGAUAAAACUCCAUUGUGUAUAGGAAGACAGGAGUUAGCAGGGAAGCUGGCGGCGUUGUACGGCACUCGGUUCCGCCAGGAGGACAUGGAGAUCACGGCGGAGGGAGAGGCGGAGGAGCGCAGGAGGGAGCACUGGAAGCUGCUGUCCAGCUUGAAGACCACAGUGGAGGGCCUCGUGUCCACCAACAACCCCAACGUGUGGUCGCGGUACGGCGGCUUGCAGCGGCUACACAAGGACAUGAACAACAUCCUCAGCCAUGGACUGAAAAAUGAGCAGGUGUACUACAAGCAGAGGGACUACUGGCCGUUUGUUUGGUGCGUUCGCUACAUCAGCCCCCACCUCGCCUCGCAUGUCGAACAGUUCAGUCACUUGGAGCCGGUGUUGAGCAGCGGGACGCAGAGUGCAGGUGAAAGCUACAAGGCCGAGCGCUGGCUGCUCCACAGCUUACAGGUUCACAAGCUCUCGGCUCAGCUCCGACCUCUGCUCCGGCAUCUGGGACACACACGCAAAUACUACAACGAUGAUGCCUUUCUGCUGAGCGAGCCUCACGUGACCGCCAUGUUCCAGUGUCUAGAAGCCGUGGAGCAGAAUAACCCCAAACUGCUGGCCCAAGUAGACACCGUUGGGCUGUCCCCUCUGAAGGGUCCUCCAUGUCUGGGUCUGCUGAAGAGCCAGAGCCUGUGUGUGCUGCCGGGGGCCGGUGGGGCCUGGAGGAGCGCUGACAUGGCUCCCAGAGGAGAUUCUCUGAACCGCAGACUCACCACCUCCAACUGCUCUCUGCGAGAAGCAGUCGCCACCAGCCACAGCUCAGCCAGGAACACAGGAGCUGGAUCGCAAAACAGCAACAGCACAAACUCUACCUCUCCAGCCAGCAGCCUGGGACCUCCCUGGGUGUGUGUGUCCCGGCCGGGGGAGAGCGAGCAACUCGCGACGCCCCCUGCUGGCUCGUUGGCUGUCCCGAGCAUCUCCCUCACGGAGCCCUCCUCGCCCUCCUCCUAUCCGCCCGAGGCCGGGGACUCCGGUGACGGCGACUCCGAUGAUGGUCCGGAGUACCUGGCCAUCGGUAACUUGGGGCAGCGCAGUCGUCGUGAUUCCCGAAGCUCCUCCCUCAACAGCGAGCCGAGCGAGAGCAAGGACCAGACCCUUCAGCGAAAUUCCCUGGCCCCGGCCCAACCGAGGCGCUCGUCUUUUUCAGAGGGCCAGAGGGGGCCGAGCAGGGGGGCCCGAGGACACACGCGCUCGUUCUCGGACACAGGCGUCAAUCAAAAACUCAGGAAUGAAUCAGCAGGCGACAGCUGCUGCAUGAAGGACUACAGCCCUUUCUCACCUCAGUGCAGCGAUGCCAGCACCCCCAGUUCUCUGUACAUGGAGUCACAUGGGUCCCAGUACAGCAGUGUACCAGAUGGGAUGUUCAGGAAGCCUUCGGAGGGGCAGAGCCUCAUCAGCUACCUGUCAGAGCAGGACUUUGGCAGCUGUGCUGACCUUGAAAAGGAGAACGCUCAUUUCAGCAUCUCCGAGUCACUCAUUGCAGCCAUCGAGCUGAUGAAGUACAACCUGCGGCGUCAGGAGGAGGAGGGUGAGGAGGAGGGAGACAGCGACUGUGAGAUUCAGCAGCUCAAGCAGAAGAUCCGCCUGCGGAGGCAGCAGAUCAGACGCAGCCGUCUGCCGCCGUGCACGACCCCCCAACACAUUUUCCAUUCCACUGACAGUGGAGGCUCCAGGAGGAGCUCUCAGGACUCCUACCAGGGCCUGUCUGACUCCGGUUCAGCUGAGGAGGUGGAGGAGUGUGAACUAAGAGAUGGCUGCGAGGGUCAGUCCCUGCUGGCGGUGUCUCAGAACGGCCUCUCCCUGUCACUCGCCUCCCUCUUCUCAGAUGCAGACAUAAAGCGCAGCGUGAGCUCCAGCAGCAGGUCUUUUCUCAGCUCAGAGUCCAUCUCUCCAUCCUUCCUUCAGUCUAACUCGGCUGAGUCAGUAGCUAUGGGUUUACUCAGGCAGUUCGAGGGGAUGCAGCUUCCUGCAGCCUCUGAGCUCGACUGGCUGGUCCCAGAACACGACGCUCCGCAGAAGUUGCUGCCAAUCCCCGACUCUCUGCCGAUCUCCCCCGAUGAUGGCGAGCACGCAGACAUCUACAAGUUGAGGAUUCGCGUACGAGGUAACCUGGAGUGGGCGCCGCCUCGACCGCAGAUCAUCUUCAACAUUCAUCCUGCCCCCAAGAGGAAGAUAGUUGUGGCGAAGCAAAACUACCGCUGCGCUGGCUGUGGUACUCGCAUCGACCCAGACUACAUCAAGCGACUGCGUUACUGUGAAUACCUCGGCCGCUACUUCUGCCAGUGCUGCCAUGAGAACGCCCAGGCAGUGGUUCCCGGCAGAGUUCUGAGGAAGUGGGACUUCAGCAAAUACUACGUCAGCAACUUUGCUCGGGACCUGCUGAGCAAGAUCGCAGGAGAUCCGCUGUUCAACCCCAAUGACAUCAACAGCGGCCUGUACAAGAAAAUCAAAGCGCUGGAGGCGGUUAGGGUUUUGAGGGUGCAGCUGUUUCACAUGAAGAAUCUCUUUAAGACUUGUCGUUUUGCUAAAGAGGUCUUGGACCAGUUCGACUGCCUGCCGGGUCACCUGACCGAGGACCUUCACCUCUUCUCCCUCAAUGACCUCACUGCUGUGCGUAACGGCGAACUGGCUCCACGAAUGAAAGAGCUGCUUAAACUUGGCACCAUGCACGUAGCUGGCUGUGUGCUGUGCCAGGCGAAGGGCUUCGUUUGCGAGUUCUGCGGCAACGACAAAGACAUCAUCUUCCCCUUCCAGCUGAGCAAGUGCCAGCGCUGCGAAGAGUGCCACGCGUGUUACCACCGCAGCUGCUUCCGGGCCGGUAAAGACUGCCCUCGAUGUCAGCGGCUGGCGGAGCGCAGAGAGAGGAUGGCGCGCAAGAACAUGGAGGAGCAGGAGGACGAGGGAGGUGGGAGUUAGCUUCCGGGUACCAGAGGAACCUCAGAAAACGAAGAAGAAGAGCACAACGCGACUCAUGAUUGUAGUCACCGACCAUCUUCCUUUCCGUUCCGGCCCUCCCAGACCUGGGCUUGCAAACAGCCGUUAUGAGCUCGACAGAUGUGCCAGAUGUGCGAGUUUUACUAGAGGAGCACGGCUGCUGUCAGAUAAAUAUUUUCUCCUUUUUUUUUUUUUAGACGUGCACUUUACCCCGUACAUGCAUCCUUGCUUUAAAAAGUACGUGAUAUAAUUACAAAAAUCAAAUGAUGUUGAUGGAAAAACUCCUCAAAAAUACAGCUCACGAACAACAUUUUUGUUUCUUUCUUGAUUAUUUUAUUCAGUCUUCUCGGACAUUAAAAAAACAAAAAAACUAGCAACACUAGUGGCAGUAAAUAAGAAUCAGUGAAUUAUUUUGGCGGCUUGUCUCAUUGUUUCCUGUCGCCUUUCCUCAACAGCGCUGCGUCAUUCCUUAACAAACACACCUGCUCCGUAUGAGAACGAUACAAAACCUGCUGCCUUCACCAGACGUUUGAAGCUGGAUAGAGCCAAAGAUUGUCUAAGCCUGUCUUCACUUUCCACAUUUUUGUAGUAAAACUAACCCAUCUGUCAACAACAACACAAACAAGCUCAGACUGCUGUGCCCAGGUCUGCUAUUCCUGCUUGGACUCAUUUUACCGGCUACUGGCUUAGCUGAAGUUUAUUUCUUUGACACCUACAAUGGCAGGAUCAGUUUUUUUUUUUAAAGAAUCCAACUGGUUGUUUAGAUCUUUUAUGAUUUGACUGAUUUUCGGUGCAGAUACUGUAAAUGAAAGUCACUUUAUGAUGAGUUUUUUUUUGGUUUAUUUGUUUUAAUUUGAAGAACUUUAACGCUUUCCUUCCUCGCUCCUCACUGUCCCACUCUUUUUUUUUUAAACCUGUUUUAGCCACGUUUAUGUGCCUCUGGGACCAACAGACCGGCAGAGAGAGCGAGUUUCUAGAAGGAUUCAGAAAGAGGUUUCAGAGUCAGUGUUGCAAACAUUUUGAAAUGAAAAUGCUCCGUUUUUGUGCUGCUUUGUGUGCCUAAGUGAGUGUGUGUGUGUGGUGAGUAGAGAGAGCUGUGUGAGUGUGUAAGUGUGUGUGUGAACAUGUCUACCUGCUGCACAAAUGGUUUGCACCAGCCUAAUCAGCACUUGCCUGUUUUCUAACGCUGUAGGAAUAAUGGAGAGUUAAUUGCACUGAUUCCUCGUGUUUUUUGUCGAAGGAGGGAGGGGAGGGAGUUUGGACGUCACUUUGUGGGAAAUAAAAUGUUCGUUGUAAGAACAUGAAGUUAGACCUUGAAAUUAUCCUUUUUUUAAAAAAAAAAUCGUUUUAUAAUUAAGCUCCUGUCAACUGGGUUGCACGACAUUGCGAGAGGUUUCAAAAUAAGAGCGCCAAAGUGUUACACAUCCAUGCUUUUAAUUUGAAGCAAAAAUGUUGUCAAAAUCUUCAUAUUUCAGUGUUUUUUUCUUUUAUUUUUUUCCUCCAACCUAGAGCGGUGGGUGGAGCACGGGGUUAUUGAAAGAAUGGUUGGAUAUUUGAAAACGUUCCCUUUUAAACAGAGCGUGCGACAUGUUCAGCCUGAUUGAGCAGCCUCUUCAGCUCGUUUAAACACAGGGAGAGAUUAUAAAACCGACUUCCUGUCACCAUCUCUAGAGCUCAGUUGUUACACCUCGUCUGUUUUAAUCUGCCAGUGACAGUUUGCUGUCUUGCAAAGGGUUGUGCCACUAUGUGUUCUUUUUCUCUAAUGGGACCACUAACUUUACUCCACUGGGUGUCUGGGUUAAACAAAGCUAACAGGCUGCUGCACACAACACAUCUAUCUUCUUAUCGAACGCACUUCAAGACAGCAAAUAAGCAAAUUUCCCCCAAAAAGUCUUUAAAAUGAGACGGUGUCUUACUCACAAUGUUGACGUGUUUUAAAGACUUUCAGCGCCUAAAGAGGUGAAAGUACGCAACGUAAUGCAGAAAUAAUCCAACAACUACAUUAUUUUUCUUUCUGGUUGCACUUUUAAUCAUCUCAUGACUCCUUUCAUUUAACUCUGGUCCCCCUAAGUUGUAAACUACUGAUCAACAACAGACUUAAGAGGUGUUUUUCACCGCUUGCUGCUUCUCAGUUGUUUCUUUUGGAUUCAUUUCAGUGUCUCUGUUGUGGGUUGGAAUCGCCACCACAGUAUGAAAGCAAAAAAUAAAGUCAUGUGAAAACAGAUAUGCAGCUUAGUGAUGAGAUUACCGUGGACUUCAUAGCUCCAAGCACAACUUGAUGUGCGCCAGCCUUUUAACAGAUUCAUCUGCAGAACCCUCCAUUAGCUCUAACAGGCUUUGCUUUAUGCGUGCACACCCUCCAACCCGUGACACAUUUACGUCCCUGAGUCUUCCCGAAUAAGCAAUUGAACCAUUAAAGAGAUAAACUGUGUCCACGUCUUUGGGUUUUGACUUUUAAACACUGAAGCUCAAGGCUCCCGUACGAAGUGACUCGACUCCACUGAAAAACCUCCUCAACUCAGCUGAUUGUUUGUCCUCGGACUGCCUUUAACAUGAAGGAGGUUUAAAGUGCACUACGAAUUCAAGUGUCUACUAUUAAAAAAUGUUAAUUAUUGUUAUGAUGAUUAUUAUUAUGUGUUGAUUUGCUUUGUUUCUGUAAUUCUGUUGACAAUAAAUGACUGGCUAGACUGUUAAAAAAACAAAAAA